AUGGACGAGCAGUGGAGCUUAUUGGGGGAUAUUGCUGAAGAGCUCGAGAGUGAUAGGGCCCCAAGCAGUCACGACAGUGGAUUCUUCAGCGGCAGAGAGAGACAAGCUAAGGAUAAAGAGGAGGAAGAAGAGGAAGAAGAGGAAGAAGAGGAAGAAGAGGAAGAAGACGAAGAUGGGGAUGAGGACGAGGACAAAUAUCAGGAUGACGGCGAGCAGGAAAAUAACGGUAUGACUAGCCCGCUACAGGAUGCACUAGACCGAGCCGUCUUCCGAUUUAUCGUGGCUUCGAUCAAAACUCACGUCGGUGGAAAUGUAUAUAUAAAUUCGCUACUAUGCUUCUGUGCAGCACUUGGUAUUAAGCCACGCCCGAUGGGCUACAUAGAGCCGCACUUAUAUACCGGUCUGCUAGCUGCUAUGGUGUGGUGGGCCCGGCUGUUCUUUUUAGAGGCUGUAUUUGAGAAUCAGCCGCUCGAUCGGGAUGAGGUCGGGGUUGAGGCCGUACUUGCAUUCGAAGAGCAGCAUAGAGCGUGGAUGUGUAUGGGCACUCACACUGUCAUGAGCAUAAUCAUCGGGUGGAUGGCAUAUGGAAAAGGGUAUCGGCAGAAGAUGGGGGGUCAGCCGUCAAUACGGUGGUCCGAGGAUGGAGAGGGCUUAUUUCAUAUGGGCGAGUAUAUCGACGUCAAAGAUUUCACCCGCACACUAUGCGACGAGGUUGUUAAGGCAGAGAAGCUGCUAGAUAAGCUAUUCGGAGGGUUUUGGCACCCGGUCAGCAAGAAGAUCAAUAUGGGGCGAAUCGUGGAUAACAUGAUACGGCUCGGGGCAGGUCAGUCAUUUAUAAGCAAUCCGAAGAAUAAGUGGCUAGAGGCCGGACCGGCAAAGGUGAUACGGCUGAUGGAAGCAUCGAUAUGGGAUGCUACGAGGGUCCGAUGGAAGCGACAGCGUGUUAAGAGGUGGCUUCGUGACUUGAAGCUGCUGCAAGAGACGCUGCUCGUGCUUAUGCAUACGUGGGGUGGGCUUCCAGGAAGGGGGCCCGAAAUUACAACGCUGUGGCACUGCGACUCGUGGCAGCUGAUGCGGAACAUAUUCAUAGUAGACGGGCAAGUCAUGAUCGUAACUGACCGAGAUAAGAUGAAGGCAAUCCGCGAUAACGGGCGAAAGGUAGCACGAUUUGUCCCCGACCGGAUUGGGCGGAUGAUUGUGGCAUAUAUCGCAUGGCUGCUUCCGACGGAGAGGGUGCUGCGACGAGAGUGUCAACUUGCCGAGCCGCGUGGAGAGCAGCUAGAGUAUAUGUGGAGGGAUGGCUGCUCGUCGGUAUAG